AUGGCCAACGAUGCAAGCGCAGAGACCGUCGAGUUACCACCAGUUCCUCCACCACCAAGUGACAAGGGAGCCAACCGAGAUACCAGAGAUAGGAACUCUCCUUCUCUCCAUGUUAAGGGAGUUACUCCAGAAACAAAACCUGAAGAUUUGCGAGAGGCAUUUACUCGAUACGGGAAGGUCAAAGAUGUUUACAUUCCAAAGGACUACUACACAGGUCGCCCUCGUGGGUUUGCCUUCAUCCAGUAUGAGAACGCGGAGGAUACAGAAACUGCCUUCAACAAGAUUGAUUAUGUUACUGUAAAUGGUGCCAAGUUGACUUGUCAAAUCGCUGCCGGUGAUCGCAAAGGUCCAUCCGAAAUGCGAUACCGUGACAAGGGUACUACAUCUGGAGGAGGCCGAGGAGACAGACGUGACCGCUCGCCUCCUCGUCGUCGCGACAGAUACGAUGAUCGACGAGGCUAUGAUGACAGACGAGACCGUCGUGGAGGCCGAUAUGAUGACAGAGACAGAGACUACCGUGACGACCGUGGAAGAGAUCGCUCUCGUGAACGCGAUAGAUACUCGUCUCGCAGGUCCUCUCCUUCUCCUCCUCCUCGACGACGUGCUUCUCCAUCUCCUCCUCCAAGAUCUGCACCUAGGUCUCGUGCUUCGUCCAGGUCUCCUCGUCGUCCGGAGUAA